AUGGAGAUCUGGCGGGACGGGCAGGGGGGCGGGCAGGGGGGGCAUCCCGCCCCUCCGCCGGGCCCCGCCCAGGCCCGCCCAGCCCCACUAACCAAGAGCUGUACACCAGGAGACCCCGCCCCAGCGUCCGCGUUGCAGGCGGGAGGAGGAGGGGCGCGCAAAUACGCAUGCGCACGCACAAAAGCGCAGACGCCGGAAUCCGCCCAGAGCGUGAAGAAGCUGGGUGAGAGCCGGUUGCUCCUGGACCAGCUCCGGAGGAGGAACGCGGCCUGGAGUUUGGGCCGCCGCGUGCCGUCGUCUCGCUGCCGCAGCCGAGCAGGAAUUGUGGUGCUUGGAAUAAACAGAGCUUAUGCCAAAAAUUCAUUGAGUAAAAAUCUUACAAAAAUGCUCUCAAAAACUGUGGAUGCUUUAAAGUCUGAUAAGAAAGUGUGGACCAUAGUAGUCAGAAGUGAAGUCCCAGGGAUAUUCUGUGCUGGUGCUGAUCUUAAGGAAAGAGUCAAAAUGAAUCCCAGUGAAGUUGGCCCUUUUGUCUCCAAAAUAAGAGCAGUGAUUAAUGAAAUCGCUAGUCUUCCAGUGCCAACCAUCGUGCCCAUAGAUGGACUUGCCUUAGGUGGUGGUCUUGAACUGGCUUUAGCGUGUGAUACAAGAGUAGCAGCUUCCUCUGCAAAAAUGGGCCUGGUUGAAACAAAGUUGGCAAUUAUUCCUGGUGGAGGUUGCUUCCACGUUUUGGCUAUUAUAUAUAGUGGUGCUAUGAAUACUGGGGUGCAGAUACCUUUUUGCAUUGGAGUUUCCUCUGAAUAUAUACCCAGAAGUGGGAUUGCUGGAUCAUAGGGCCCCAGCUGUGAUAUUGUUGAAGAAGCUGUGAACACGUCUGCCCGAGGAGCUCCCGCUACAGUUCUGGGAGAGACUCGGAAGGAAACAGCCCCGGUGCAGCUCCCGGUUUCUGGCCCGGAGCUGGCUGCUGUGAUGAAGAUCGGAACCAGGGUCAUGAGAGGCAUGGACUGGAAAUGGGGCGAUCAGCUUCCCCAGGACAGACCUCCUCCUGGCCUUGGCUGUGUGAUCGGUGAACUUGGAGAGGAUGGGUGGAUCAUGGUCCAGUGGGACACGGGCAGCACCAGCUCAUACAGGAUGGGAAAGGAGGGGAAGUAGGACCUGAAGUUGGCGGAGCUGCUGGCCUCCACGCAGCCCUCCGCAGAGGACUUGGACACAGAAGAUGACUCCGGUGGGUGCCGGGGGGCCUGGCAAGCUUGUGGGCACAUGCUGGCCGGCCAUCCUUUCAUCUGGGAGUGAGAGCAGCUCUGUAGACCAGGCUUCCCUGGAAGAAGCUUUAACAAAUUGAAGGGAACGUUCACCCCACUGCAAUGAUGCUCACCAGCGCUGUUAAUUUACUGCAAACUCUGUCUGCUGGAGCCCAUGCUGAAGUCAUGCAGAUUGAAGCCACCAAGACUCUGCGUGGACUGCUGCGCACGUUGGUGGAGAGGGCAAAGAUGGACAAGACAGACUUCUUAGCCUUCGCCUGGGAACUUAGGACAUAGAUUAAAUAUGAAUGAGCUCAUGGAGGAUGUUUAAAACGUGAGAUUUCAAACCAGUAGGAUGUUCCCUCACAGAGAACUGCUGUUGGAAUUGUGCGUUGUCUCCCUACUGCACAGGGAGGGGUGAAGAAACUAAUCUAGAAAUGAAUUCAGCUUAAUUGUAAGUGUAAGAAGCAGGCAGCGCCCUGGACUCCGCUCCCCAAGCUUGCUGUCUGUCUGCGCUAGGCCCUGUGGAAGGGCUAGUUUCCUGACUCUGAGGACCCAGAGGUGGGGGGCUUCAUGGCAGUCCUGGCUGUGGGCGGAGGCAUCGACAGCUGGUUGCACCUGGAAGGACAAGUCACGCACAAGGAGUUUGGAGAAGGCACUGUGACUCCCAUCACCCCGAAGGGCAGGAUCACCAUGCAGCUCUGUGACAUGUGCGUCUGUCGUGCGUGCCCCAUGAACCAGCUGAAGCUGGUAGUGAACCUGUGUUCAGUUCCUGGGUGAAGUGGGAAGAACUUGAUUCUGGCCGUUUACGUCUGCCUUCUAGGACGCCAUCCAAAUUCAGGAAGCCCGUCUGCCUUUCUUCCUUUUCACCUCGCACUCCAGUGAUGUAGAAAGACUUACAUCUACACGUGGUGUUUCAGAAUUAAGACUCGUGGCUCUGACAGCUUCCAGAACGUCCGUGUGCUCUGCUCACUGGACACACGUUGAAGGCUCCUGCGCUCCCUCUUCAGCUCCCCGCCCGGCGUUCAGCAGCACCGACUUGCACUUCACAGAGCCCGGGCUCUCCGUCUGGGCUCAGUUGGUGAACCUCGCUGGCAGCAAAUUGGAAAAGCACAAAAUAAAGAAAUCACCUAAGCAGGGUUUUGCAGGUAACAUUUAGGCAUGAUUCUUCAACAGUGGAAGUUGAGGAUGACCACAUAAAUGGCCCACUAAAGGUUGGAGCUAUUGUGGAAGUGAAGAAUCUUGACGGUGACUAUCAGGAAGCUGUAAUCAAUAAAUUAACAGAUGCGAGUUGGUACACUGUAGUCCUGAACCCAGAAUCCAGCAGCAUGGGGUCAUCGGAGUCGCGUCAUCUCUGGAUACUUGGGGAGAAUCACUCCUUGAUGUGGACAGUAACUCUCAUCCACCUGUCUUCCUGGCCUCUCUUCCCCAUGUGUCUGUGCAUCAGUCUGUGUUCUCUUAUAAAGACACCAGUGGUUGAAUUAAGGGCCCACCCUAGCCCAGUAUGGCCUCAUUUUAACUUACAUCCUAAUUAUAUCUGCAAAGACUGUCUUUUUAAAUACGAUGUGACUCUUGGGAAGACACUGUUCAACCCAGGACAGUGAUGGAUAAACACGAGAACCGCUGGGUUCCCUGAUGUCACCUCCACGUGUCCUGCUGCUGAUUUGAAGACUGGGAUCAAGCUCACCCAUGAACGUCCACAUGCCUGCUCACCCAAUUUCCCCAAAGCAUGAAAUUACACAGUAAGACAUGUUCUUUUGGAUUAAGACACUGAGGGCUGACCAGAUGCAAACAUACUUAACUCUUUAGUGUGACUGAAUGGUGAGACAUUUCCAUUGAGAUAGUAACCAAGGCAAGUCUCAGUUGAAAGGAAAUGUUCAUUAAGAAGGAAGCACUAGGAGAGGGUGGGAGGAGCUUCGACUCCAGGGAAAAGGAGUGAACCCCCCCAAACAUCAUCAGCUUUAGAGUUUUGCUUAAGAUGGACCCAGUGAUCGGAGUUCAUAAAGUUACACAGAGAGAAGAUGGGUCAGAGGUCCAGCGGCCACACUUUGUCAGGUUCUCAAAGGGUCCAGAAGACCUGCCGCUCCCCACGCAAGCACACUCCUGGUGAACCAGAGCAUCUGUUCACUCAGCGGGCACUGUUAAACACGCCGUGGGCGCUACCCCCCCUUGUCACGCGGACGCUGCGGGGCCCUGACGGGAUGAUGACGGCAGUGAGGCUUGGAGGUGCCGACAACAUGCUGGGCACGAUACUCAGUAAUUCCCUCAUUUACUCUAACCCUCACAACCCCUUUAUGAAGUUGCUGCCUUUACUGUUUUCCAUUUGACAGAUAAGGAAGCUGAGGUUGGAAGAGGAGUGACUUUUCAAAUACAAAUUACUGGUGAUGGAGGUGGGGCCCAGGUCGUCCAUCUCCAAAGCAUAAAGAUCUUAACACACAGAGGAUCCAGGAAAAUGGGCAUAACUCUGAUGGGAGACUCUUUUCCACUUGGUUAUUUCUUCACUGGUUUACCAAGGUGUUUUCACUUUCUUACUUGAAAUGUUAAGACUAUCUUGACCUCCUUGCAAAUUACCAAGUGGAUAGAAGUUCAGGUGCCAGAUGGUCCUGAGGUCCCUCUGACCCUAUGACAUUGUGAACUGCGAUAAAUAACAGCCACAUACCCUUCAAGCUUCUGCUUCAAGAGGAUAAGCCUGCGUGUUAUGUUCAAUCAUUGGCUCCCGACAGCAUAGGCUGCCUUCUCCCAGCUGACCUCCCCUUUGGUGGAUAUGUACAAAAAUGAUGUACAUCGAAAAGCAGAGCUUGGGCUCCAAUGACAUCCCUUAUAUGAUGGGUAUUUACAUACUUUACAUGCUUGUUAGUAAAUGCAUGAGUGUCCCAUUUCCUAAAAUCCAGGUGGUAGAAAUGAAAACUUGCAACAUAGUGGAAAACUUUGGAACUGGAAGUUGACUCACAGCCCACUCCUACAUAAAAUUCUGUGCUGCUCUGCAGACGGUGAGGAAAACUGAUGAUGCAAUAAGUGUAGUUCCUUCCCUAAAAUCACUUGUGACUUCAUCAAUGAGAUAAUACAUAGAGAAGAAAUCAAAAAGCCAGCAUUAAUACGUGAGUGCUGUGAUAAGCUCUGUGGGGAUUGUCUCAGGCUGAGCUCCCCCAGAAGCAGAUCCUAAGACAAAGAUGUGUGUGCAAGCCUGUUUGGGGUAUGUUGUUAGGAAGUUCCUGGAGGGAGGAAAAGUAAAAAGUGGAAAAUGCUAUUUCAAGUGAAAAGAAAAGAUUUCACCAGCCCCUGCUUAAACCAUGUGGGCAGGCAUAAAACACCACCUUUCCUAUGGUUUCACUCAUAGGGAACACCCAGGAGAGGUAAAGACCCCUAGAGAGGAAGAGGACUUGGGGUUGUCAGGGGCUGUGGGAGGAAGGAAGGGGAGUGCGUGCUUUGGAUCCAGGGUUUUAUUUUGAGGAAAGAAAUAGCAUAAAACUAGAUGGUAGUGAUGGUCGCAUAGCAUGUGAAUGCACUUAAUGCUCCUGAAUUGCACAACUUAAAAGAGAAAAAAUAUCUAUAUUUUAUUAAAGGAAAUGGAAAAUAGAUAGAUUUUAAUAAUAAUAAAGGAUGCCAUAAAUGAUGUGAAACAAACAAACUAAACUAAAGAAAAACAAAACAAAAACAACUUCAGGGGUAGGGAAGUCAAGUUCGGGUAGGGGAGGGGAUUCAUGGUGGGAUUUUGGAGAUGGUGUAGGUGGGGGCAGAGGGGGCUCAGCCCUAGGGGAAGAUGAUGCCUGAACUGGUUCUCCACUGCCCAGCGGUCCAGGAGCAGGUGCAGGUGCAGGAGCUGCAGGAUCUUCAGGAGCAGCAAGGUCAGCAGGAGCUGCAGGAUCUUCAGGAGCCAGGAAGGUCAGCAGGAGCUGCAGGAUCUUCAGGAGCAGCAAGGUCAGCAGGAGCUGCAGGAUCUUCAGGAGCAGCAAGGUCAGCAGGAGCUGCAGGAUCUUCAGACGCAGCUGGAGCAGCAGGAGCUGCAGGAUCUUCAGGAGCAGCAAGGUCAGCAGGAGCUGCAGGAUCUUCAGGAGCAGCAAGGUCAGCAGGAGCUGCAGGAUCUUCAGGAGCAGCAAGGUCAGCAGGAGCUGCAGGAUCUUCAGGAGCAGCAAGGUCAGCAGUAGCUGCAGGAUCUUCAGGAGCAGCAAGGUCAGCAGGAGCUGCAGGAUCUUCAGGAGCAGCAAGGUCAGCAGGAGCUGCAGGAUCUUCAGGAGCAGCAAGAUCAGCAGGAGCUGCAGGAUCUUCAGAAGCAGCAGGAUCUUGAGGUUCAGCAGGAGCAACUGGAGGGAGCUCGCGGUCUCCUACUGGAUCCUGGUGGUCCUGUUUUUGGUCUCUGGCAUCUUCCCCUAUCCCUGCCUGCUCUGGACCUGUGACUGUUGGAAGUGGAGAGAGCUUUCAGUCUUGUGGAGGUGCUCAUGCUGUGAGAGAGGAAUACUUGACCCUCAUGCCUCCCUUUCCGUGGGCCUCUUCAAGGACAGACAUCUUCCCAGAGCUUUCCGGACAGCUCCCACCCAGCAGGUGCCCACAGGAUGUGUUUUGUGACUGAAUUCUUGUAGGCAGGUGGUCUGAGGCCAAUCUUUUGCUCUGGUGCCAGCAGCAGCCUCUGGGGACACCUCCCUGUGUGGCCCGGCCCUCGGCCCUCCCUCACCUAUGCACAUGCACCAGCCCCGCCCUUCUCACCUUGGGGCUCUGCCUUGGUGGGCUCCUGGUCCUCCACCUGACUCCCAGGGAGGUGCUCCAGGUCAGAGCCGGGUCUGCUGAGCUGCCUGUCACCCACGGGCAGGCCCCUGGCGUGACGCCUGGGCGGUUUCUGGGGAGGAGGCCGUCGUGGUGGCGGGGACCCCUCCGUGUGCAGACUCACCCGGAGCUCGUGCUGGCCCUGAGAAGCGUGCAGCGGCCCCUCACUCGGGGAGGCGGCGUGAGUGUCCUCAUGCAGCGGCUCCUGCAGUGUCUGGCUCUGCAAUGACAGUGUCCGGCAGCCGGCCCGGCCCGGAGGUCUCAGAGCCCUGCCCGGCCAGGACCAUGCCUGCUUCUGCCCGCUCGACCGUCUGCUGCCAGAUCAGACUGGGACCUUGGGUCAGCUCAGACGGCCACCCAGGAGGGAAGAGACACAGCCAGAGGGCAUGGGCUUCGACUCGGGCAGCAGGGCCCUGCCCGGCUUGCCACAGCCCAGACUGCCAGCUGGGACCCGGGGUGCGGACAUGACCGGCCCCCCCAGGCCUGUGACCCACUCGUGCUUGAGGCAGGGUCCUCCUGCCUCCCCAACAUGACUGCCCACCUCCACCAGCAGUGAGGAAGGGGAUGUGGGGCUACCUGGGUGGGGUCUGCCCCGGGCCUCCCUGGGUUACCUUUGGGUCCCUGUGGCCAAAAGGCCAGAGGCGCCUGGGGUGAGAGCUGACCCAGCGCCGGCACCGCUGGCCCAGCCCCUCGCCGCGGGCCUUCCGGGGGCCACGGCCUCGGGGUGUUGGGACGCAGCAGAACAUGUCUGAGUUGAGCUGAGUUCACCAACCAAGUGAGCUGAGUAGGGGCUUCUCGACAGAGUGGGUGCCUGGUGACCUCAGUUCUAAGUUCUGUUGGGUUCUAUUGCCAGGGAAGCGAGGUCACUUCCUGGGGUCCCCUUCCCCAAGCUUCCUCCUUACACAAAGCUCCCCAAGGGCCUCCCUGGGCUGCCGACGGCUCACCGCCCAGCCCAUGCCAUGUCCACACACAGUGACACCAACUCAGCCCCCCUCCCCAGAACCCUGGGGAGGCCUGGAUGCAGCCAGGGCGCCAGCUCUGAGGACGCAGCUGGGUUCAGACCCCUCGUCAGCAGUGCUGUCACCCUGGACGAGCCACCUGCCUCUCAGGGUCUCUCCAAUUCCCCCAUUAGCUCAGUGGGCAUCAUUCUGGCCCCUGCUUCCUUGGGAAGCUAUCCUGUCUCUAGACCCAUAAAUACCUACCACACAUGUCAGCCCCGCGGUCUGGCAUCACGGGGAGCUCGUGCACAGACUCAGCUAAGGAAAGGCUCACAGAGGGCUGGUUCAGCACAGGGCACACCCCACACAGGCCGGGGUCUGCCCUGGGCUCUGGGGAAAGUCACCCUCCUUGCUGCCUGCUUCCCAGCUCCCUGUCGGCAGGUUGAAAUUAAACACAACUCUGACAUCAUCCGUUCUGGCAUGCAACCUCCUAGGUCAUUCUGUCAUGUCAGAUUCAGGCCCAGUGUCCCAUCUCGGCCUCUGGGGUGGGCUGCCCCACAGUGGCUCCCUGCUUUUUUGCCUUCUGGUCACACAUCCUUGUGUGAUUCCCACACACUCCUCUGCAGGGUCGUGGGCACUGGGACCAGGUUCUGACAUGUAGACUGACUUGUGAAAGUGUGCGUGACUUCCACUCAUUCCCAUCUCUAGUGUUCAUUCUCUCUCUCUGUGUGUCUUUCAGUUCCUCUCUGUCUGUCUUUUCUCUCUCUUUGUCUCUCUGUGUUUCAGUCUGCCUGUCUCUUUCCUGUAUGUAUGUGUGUAUAUAUUUAUGUGUAUAUGUGUGUAUUUAUGUGUGUGUAUUGUUAGAACCCAGGGCAGGUCACUGAUGAAAAUGCCUUGAUGACAUACUGAUUGUUUUAAAUUCAUGUUACUGAAGAAAAAACAUCUUUGAAAGUUGUGCAGGCACUUUGGUGGGGUCAGCUCUAAGGAUCAGCACUGCUGGGGAAGGGAUGCACCUGUGGCCAUUUGAUGACUCCUGUACCCUGUUCCCCCAGAGAGAAGUGUCUGUUCACUCUUCCCUCCCGGGGAUCUGCUGGGGCCUCUGCCUCCUCACAUUGUUGCCAGGGCUGGUUGUCACCAGGCUAAAGCCCUGCCAGUGUGAUGGUGACCAGCAUUGCCUCGCAGGGUGUCCGUCUGCCUGUGUCCUCACCUGAGAGUCGAGCAUCUCUAACACACACUGGCCACCUGCACUGCUUCUCAUUGGAACUGCUUGUGUGUGUUCUGUUUCUUUUCAGAACGCUGGGUUUCGAGAGGUUUUUAGACCACAUGGGUGUGAAACCUUUCUCUGACCUCGGGUCAUGAACAAUGUUUUUUCCAGGUUGUGAUUUGUCUUUCCAGCUGUCUUUCUUGGUGUUUGUUUUUUGGUUUUAUUUUGCCAGAGGAAGAGCUAAGCAUCUCCCUCUGGCUCUGGUUUCACACUUAGAACAGCAAUGCCUACCCCGAAAUUAUGCACAUAGUUACUAAAAAGGCUUCAUUUAGGACGUCUCAUCUUUAAUUCAUCUGGAUUUUCCUCUGAAAAUACAAAAAUGCUAAUUCAUGUAAAAACAAAAAAAUUCACCCGUCCCGGCUUAAGAUAUGUGGGCAGAAAAAAAAAAGCCACCUUUUAUUAUUUCAUUGAUAGGGAACCUCGAGGACAGGUAAAGACAGAGGAAGGGGAUGAGGGCUUGUCACGGGCUGGGGGAGGGAGGACGUGGGGUGAGCUUUGGAUACAAGCUUUUACUUUGAGGAAGGAAAUAGUCUAAAACCAGACAGAGGUGCUGAUGUCACAGCAUUGUGAGUGCACUUAAUGCUCCUAAACUGCACAACUUAAAAGGCUAAACUUAAUUCUUGUAGACUUAAACCAUAAAAAUAGAUGAUACAUAAUAGAAAAGAGCAAAUCUGACUCCAUAUUAGAUCUCUUCCUGUGGCUUUAACCCUGUGCCCUGUUUUCUAGGCUUAGUCUCAUCUAUCUGGUAAACAGGAGAGCCUGUUCUCAAGGCUCUGAUCUUUAAGCAGAUUAACACUUUUGCACUGAUACAAGACAGCAAGUUGCCGAAUAGAAAGUAGCUUGUUUUGUUAGAGGUUUUACAGGGGCACCAUGACUUGAUCCACGUGGACAGCUGUAGACCAAGAACAUGGCCGACUAAUGUCCUGGAGAACCAUCUUCCCCAAGUCAGACUUUAGGUUCCUUUUCUACUAAAAAGGGGAGGGGCUGUGGUUGGUUGUUGCAAACUUCUUAGUGCAGGAAUUCUUUGUUUUUGGAAUCCUUUGCAGCUGUCCCUGUGGGUCAGGUUAUGGUGCCCCUGUAAAUCCUCCAACAAAACAAAGGUUAUUCCCUAUUCUGCAACUUGUUAUCUUUAUAGGAGUGCAAAAGUGUUCAUAUCCUUAAAGGUCAGAGCCCUGAGAGUAGGCUCUCCUGUAUAUUUCAGGCUAAAAGCAACAUUGUUUUACAAAAGCUGCAGAGCUAGUAAGACUAAGCCUAGAAAACAGGGCACAGGGUAGAAGGAAAAGGAACAGAUUUAAAUUAGUCAAAUUUGUUUUUUUCUACUACAGUGCCUUUUGGUGAGAGGUAAGCGGUUGUUUCCAGGUGGGUCCUUCUCUGCCCAGGCUGGGGUUCAGGCAGGAGCCCUGCCAGGUUCACCGUGACUGUGGACCUGAUCUCCCACAGAGAAAGUAACAAUUAUCAGUGAUUAAAAUUACCUGUCAAAGUCCCUUCAAUUGCCUGUAAACUAUAUGGCGGGGGCAGAGGCGGACAGGGAACUUCUCAUUGGCCCAUCAACAGUCUCCCCAAUGCAAGAGACCAGCGUCAUGGCUGGCUCCAAGGUGGCCUGGCUAGUGCAGCUGCCUGCUUGGCUCUCCAGCCUUGGGCUCCUAACAAGGACACUUUCAAAUUUCCUGUCCCUUUUCCCUCUGCCCCGGCGUGAAUGAACGUGGUCCCUGCAACCACCUGGGCUGAGCCCAGGCCACACACAUAGCCCGAUUCACACAGCCCACUGCCUACUGUCCAUCUCCAGGCUCAGCUGCACCCUUACCCCCUCACAGGUUCCUGUGCCUCCACUCAGGGUCCGGAUCGCCAUCCGGGCCAUCAACCACCCAAGGCCCACAGGCCAGUGGCAGGCAGCCCAGGACCACCCUGACCCCCAGGCUCAGAUGAGGCACAGGGUGUGGGGGUUAGAGUGCCUGAGCUGGAAUUGGAACUGCCUCCAGCCUGGCCCGCUGCGCCCUGUAGCCUCAGACUGUGCUGUGCACACUAGGCCGGAGCUCCGCUGGUGGCAGUCACCAUGGUGACCAGAGCCCGGACUUCCUCGCCCCACCCGUGGGUUAAGGGGUGAGGGUGUCAGCUCCAAGUAGGGGUGCACUCUGAGUGAGGGGGAUCCCACAGUUAGGACAGGCUGAGGGGUGAAGGGGACCAUAUCAGAAUGUUGGGGGGUCCUGCGGUGAGGCAUGAGGAGUGUGCUUGGGGUGUGAGGGCCAAAGGUUAGUACUAGCGGGGUGGAGUGUGGGGGUGGGGACCUCCUUGUGACAAGAAGCCCUGUCUUGGGGGUGUAGUCUGAGACUGGGCCUGUCUGGAGGUUGGGGGGCAAGCAAGAGGAGUGGGGCUGGGGUGUGUGGCCUGGCCCACGGCCGGUGGUGGUCCUGGUUGAGCCAGGACCUGGUCGGUGAUGGGGUGGGGUCAUUGGGGAUGGAGACCCAGCGGGGCGGGCAGAGGGGUGGGCCCACUCUACUGCCCUGGCCUGCCCUGGCCGUCUGGGCCCCACUCACAGAGAACCAGACAGUGGGAGCCCCACCCCGAGCGUCUGCGCUGCAGGCCUGAGGAGGAGGGUUGCGGACGCGCACAUGCCGGACCCCGCCCGGCCUGUAUGGAAGCUGGACGGGAAGUGGGUGCUCCUGGACCAGCUCCUGAGGAGGAACGAGGCUUGGGGUCUGGGCUGCUGCUUGCCGUCGUCUCCGCUGCCAUCGCUGGGCAGGUUGCUUCCACUUUUUGGCUAUUAUAUAUAUGUGGUGCUAUGAAUACUGGGAUGCAGAUACCUUUUUGCAUUGGAGUUUCCUCUGAAUAUACACCCAGAAGUGGGAUUGCUGGAUCAUAGGGCCCCAGCUGUGAUAUUGUUGAAGAAGCUGUGAACACGUCUGCCCGAGGAGCUCCCGCUACAGUUCUGGGAGAGACUCGGAAGGAAACAGCCCCGGUGCAGCUCCCGGUUUCUGGCCCGGAGCUGGCUGCUGUGAUGAAGAUCGGAACCAGGGUCAUGAGAGGCGUGGACUGGAAAUGGGGCGAUCAGGACAGACCUCCUCCUGGCCUUGGCUGUGUGAUCGGUGAACUUGGAGAGGAUGGGUGGAUCAUGGUCCAGUGGGACACGGGCAGCACCAGCUCAUACAGGAUGGGAAAGGAGGGGAAGUAGGACCUGAAGUUGGCGGAGCUGCUGGCCUCCACGCAGCCCUCCUCAGAGGACUUGGACACAGAAGAUGACUCCGGUGGGUGCCGGGGGGCCUGGCAAGCUUGUGGGCACAUGCUGGCCGGCCAUCCUUUCAUCUGCGAGUGAGAGCAGCUCUGUAGACCAGGCUUCCCUGGAAGGUCAGUUUUAAACCGGCCCCCGGUGAUUUUGUUGGAUUUGAUUCCUGUUUUCCUUGGAGACAGUGUGGUGGGAGGGAGAGGGCAGGGCUGUCUGUGUCCUCGCCACUGGUGGGCUUUCUGGGGGCCCUGAGCUAGGGUCUGAGGUAGUGAGCCAGUGCCUGGAGGAGUGGGUGGUACCCUGCCAUGCCAGAGCAUGCCUUUUUCCUUCUGUCACCUUACCCACUGAGGUCCUGCUGUCAGGCAUGUAGUGUCGAGUAGUAAGUCAGUACUUUACUACCUGAGGGAAAGUGGAGGUGGGAGUUUAGCGUGACCGCAAGGUUAAGGAGAUGCAGGGUGUGGGAGGAGGGCUUCAGGACUUUUUCAGACCUUGGGAUGUUGAGAUCUUGGUGAGACCAUCCAGGAGGCCAGCGAUUUUUCUUGGGGCUCCAAUGUCAGCUAUAUGCACAGCACGGGCAGGCUUCAGAAGUCACUUUUGUGGUUAGGAGAGGAAACCCAAGAGGCUGAGCUCAUCAGAGAAAAUGGUGUGGAAGGUGUCAGAGGCAGUGCUCCGUGCCAGCCCCGUGUGCAUGCCACUCUGCACAUCAGAUGUACACGGAUGGCGUCUGCCUUUGGCAGGUUAGGAGUAAUGUGUGUGACACCACGUGGCCCUGCCUGGGUCAGUGCGGGUUAUGUUAUCAUUGCAUCUGACAGUGUCCUGGUCAAGUGCGCCUCCUCCCAGCUCUCUGCGAGGGGGCUUCACUUAGGAAGUCGGCCUGAGCAGGGCUGGCCAAGUGACAGGAAGGUGGCCUGGACAAGUGUGCCCCUAGCUCCGCAUCCAUGGAGGCAGCCACCUCAUCUUCAUCCUGCGCACAGCCAGCUCAUUAACAACCAGCUUUUGACAUUUGAUGAGCUGUUUUUCUGAUAAGUGAGUUUUUAUAAUUGUUUUAGUUCUUCUGAGCUUGUAUGCUGAGAUUGCUUUAAAAAAAUAUUUAAAAGGCUUGAUUCCUUUGAAGGAGGUAGGGAUGGAGCUGAAUAGGGUGUUUAUUUAGUGGACCUUGAAUUUUAUCUUCAAAUAUAAAGAGCUGCUUCCCUUUCCAAAGUAAGAAAAGAAGAAUAUGAAGUCAAAUCCCUUAAGUUACAUGUGGAGACACGUUCCCAUUUAUUUGGGAGUGUAGUUUCUAUUUUUGAUUUUUUUUCAGAAGCUUUAACAAAUUGAAGGGAACUUUCACCCCACAGCAAUGAUGCUCACCAGCGCUGUUAAUUUACUGCAAACUCUGUCUGCUGGAGCCCAUGCUGAAGUCAUGCAGAGUGAAGCCACCAAGACUCUGCGUGGACUGCUGCGCACGUUGGUGGAGAGGGCAAAGAUGGACAAGACAGACUUCUUAGCCUUGGCCUGGGAACUUAGGACACAGAUUAAAUAUGAAUGAGCUCAUGGAGGAUGUUUAAAACGUGAGAUUUCAAACCAGUAGGAUGUUCCCUCACAGAGAACUGCUGUUGGAAUUGUGCGUUGUCUCCCUACUGCACAGGGAGGGGUGAAGAAACUAAUCUAGAAAUGAAUUCAGCUUAAUUGUAAGUGUAAGAAGCAGGCAGCGCCCUGGACUCCGCUCCCCAAGCUUGCUGUCUGUCUGUGCUAGGCCCUGUGGAAGGGCUAGUUUCCUGACUCUGAGGACCCAGAGGUGGGGGGCUUCAUGGCAGUCCUGGCUGUGGGCGGAGGCAUCGACAGCUGGUUGCACCUGGAAGGACAAGUCACGCACAAGGAGUUUGGAGAAGGCACUGUGACUCCCAUCACCCCGAAGGGCAGGAUCACCAUGCAGCUCUGUGACAUGUGCGUCUGUCGUGCGUGCCCCAUGAACCAGCUGAAGCUGGUAGUGAACCUGUGUUCAGUUCCUGGGUGAAGUGGGAAGAACUUGAUUCUGGCCGUUUACGUCUGCCUUCUAGGACGCCAUCCAAAUUCAGGAAGCCCGUCUGCCUUUCUUCCUUUUCACCUCGCACUCCAGUGAUGUAGAAAGACUUACAUCUACACGUGGUGUUUCAGAAUUAAGACUCGUGGCUCUGACAGCUUCCAGAACGUCCGUGUGCUCUGCUCACUGGACACACGUUGAAGGCUCCUGCGCUCCCUCUUCAGCUCCCCGCCCGGCGUUCAGCAGCACCGACUUGCACUUCACAGAGCCCGGGCUCUCCGUCUGGGCUCAGUUGGUGAACCUCGCUGGCAGCAAAUUGGAAAAGCACAAAAUAAAGAAAUCACCUAAGCAGGGUUUUGCAGGACAAGGAGACCUGGGCCUGCUGAGGGGCGAGAGCUGACGCUGUGUGUCCUGAAGGCUGCCGCGUGUUGCCUUCCCUCCAGGACCAACUCAGGUAGAUCCUGUCUCAGCCAGCUGUUCAGGAUGCAGCAGCUGCUCACGCAGAUGAUGGAGCAGCUGCAUCCCCUGACCUCAGUGACAUGUCUCCUGAAGGCCUGCAGCCCCCAAUGAUCCUCUGACAGCAGUCACUGGCCUCGGCCACCCAGCCAUCUCCGGUGAGGCCAUAUUUGACCAACAGGAGCUUGAGACUCCCUGCUCCGCCCCCAGCCCUGCUGUCAUUGGCGCAGGCCACUGCGCUGGCUGUGUGUCAACGUUUGGCUGUGGGGUCCACAUGCCCAGCAAGCCCCGUGUGUUAAGCCUGAAGCUCUGGUGGGGCCACGCUGCCUGUCCCCGUGCCACACGUCCGUCCCAUCAGAGCAAAGACGCACCAGCUGUCGCUGGGUCCUGCCCUGCCUGUUGUGGUCCAGCUCAUGGAAACAGGAUUCCCUAGACGGAACAUCGAGUUUGCGCUCAAGUCACCCACGGGCACCUCUGGGAACGCUGCAGGCUUGCCAGUCUAUUGGUGCUGUCAUAACCGAGAGCCAGACUUAACAAAAAAACAGGCUGGUUUCCUGAGAUGAUGAUUAUGCUGUGUAUGUGAGGCAGAAUAAUCAGCUGUCAGUGCCAAUGGGAAAGACGUUAUUGUCAACUUCCCUUAGUCUCACUGAACUGCGCUCUCGUCAGACAUGGAGUUGGUACCCAGUGUCCAUCCUGGUAUCACUUUGCAGAAUCCGUGCGACAUUCAGGUAGAGGAUGUAUGCUCCGCAAGAAGGAUGCUCAUCUCUUCAUCGUGACUGAACUGUCAGUGCGGUGACUGCAGCAGACGUUAAGCUAGCUAUCAGUGCCAGAGCUGUUCUCAGUACUUUACACGUAGUAAAGUACUCAACCUUCGCCACAGCUGUUUGAGGAGAGACUUCAGCAUGCAAACCUUCAUCUGUUCGGCUUGCACUGUCAUUUUCAUUCCAUGCUGCUGGCCUUCAGAUGGCUGCACAGAUGCCCCAUUCUCAUCAGUACAGUGACCGUCGCCAGCCAGACAUAAGUGACCAACAGGUUUCUGCCUUAUCUUACUCUGACCAGAUUCAGCAACCUCUAACCAGAGGCGGAUGCCCCAAACCUUCCGUGAUCCAGCUACUGCUCCCCUGAGAAAACUUUCUGUUGACUUGAUCAAAACAUAUAAGCAUAUUAGUGAGGUUUAAUAAGCAAAAAAGAAGCGAAGACACCAACAAGGCCAGGGAGACGAUUCCAGUCGUAAGAAGGAGCAGAGGGUUUAUAAUGAUGGUUAUGAUGAUGAUAACCAUGAUUAUAUUGUAAAAAACAGAGAGAAGUCGAUGG